UCAUUUUUAUAUAUAGGCAAGAAAAUUCUUUAUAUAAACUUACCUUGCUUUGAUAGUUUUUUCCUCCUUUUUACUUCCAAAUGAUCACUACAUCACAUGACCAUGAUCUUUCUUCCAAUUCAAACUUGCCCUUAAAUGGCGACGAAUCUUUUUUAAUUUCAAGAAUCCAACAUCUUUCUUGGUGUGUGUGCUGCGGCAUAUUUUAUAAAAUUCCUAGAGCGCAGAGAUGUAAUUAUCAGCCAAGGAAGUCAAGGCAUAUCAUCUUGUUUAAAGGUACAAGCACCUCCUCAAAGCAAGAGUAACAACAAUUAUCAGCCAAAACAAGUCCAAAAGCUCAAAUGAAGGCAGACAGACUGUUUCUGUAUUCUUUGCUUUUGAUUCUCCAAUUCAUUUUUUGUGUUUCCAAGGACUCCAUAAACACCACCCAAAUCAUAAGAGAUGGUGAUGUUUUGAUUUCCAGAGGAAAUAAUUUUGCGUUAGGAUUUUUCAGUCCAGGAAAAUCUAGCAAUAGAUAUCUUGGGAUUUGGUACCAUAAAUUACCUGAACAAACAGUAGUGUGGGUAGCAAACAGGAACCAUCCAAUCAUUGGCUCCUCAGGGGUUUUGUCAUUUGAUGAAUAUGGAAACCUCAGUCUCUAUAGUGACGGCAAUCGAAAUGUUUCAGUAUGGUCUGCAAAUGUUUCAGGGGAGGAAGCUGAUACUUCUGUAGCUCAGCUUUUGGAUUCAGGAAACUUUGUUUUGGUUCAAGAAAGUGGAAAUAUUUUAUGGCAAAGCUUUGAUUAUCCAACACACUAUGUAUUGCCAGGAAUGAAACUUGGGCUGGAUCUGAAAACAGGUCUUGACCGGUUCCUGACAUCGUGGAUAUCAGCUGAUGACCCUGGGAUUGGAGACUACUCAUAUAGGGUCAACCCUAGUGGUUCACCACAAAUCUUUCUCUACAAAGGCCAAAAACGUGUCUGGCGAACUUCCCCUUGGCCUUGGAGACCACAGAGGAGGUCAUACAACUCUCAAUUUGUCAAUGAUCAAGACGAGAUAGGCAUGACAACUGCUAUCCCUGCUGAGGAUUCUGUUAUGGUGAGACUACUGGUGGAUCAUUCAGGAUUUGUUAAGGCAGUAAAAUGGCAUGAAAGCGAUGGCCAGUGGAAGGAGACGUGGAGGGCACCACGGUCUAAAUGCGACUCGUAUGGAUGGUGUGGUCCGUAUAGUACUUGUGAACCUACUGAUGCUUAUAAAUUCGAAUGUUCUUGUUUGCCUGGGUUCGAGCCCAGGAAUCCAAGUGAUUGGUUGCUGAGAAAUGGGUCUACCGGUUGUGUCAGGAAGCGGUUAGAGUCUUCAUCUGUAUGCAGGAAUGGAGAAGGGUUUCUGAAGGUAGAAAUUGUAUUUCUUCCUGAUACUUCUGCAGCAGUCUGGGUGGAUAUGGAUAUGAGUCAUGCAGACUGUGAAAGGGAAUGCAAGAGGAACUGUUCAUGCUCUGCAUACGCAAGUGUAGAUAUUCCAGACAAAGGCACUGGUUGUUUGACAUGGUAUGGCGAGUUAGUAGAUGCAGUUCGAUAUAACAUGAGUGACAGAUAUGAUCUGUAUGUUCGAGUCGAUGCACUUGAAUUAGCUGAGAAUGCGAGGAAAUCAAAUGAUUAUCUUGCAAAGGAGAUUCCUGCCAUUCUAAUUCCCACUGUUUUUUCAGCUUUGCUGGUCAUUAGCAUAGUAGCUUAUUUUUGGCGUAAGAGGAGAGGAAAUAAAGGUUCCUGGGUGGCAAAUGAGCUCCGGAGAAGUAGCAGUGAUCAAGAUUUGCCAUAUUUCAAACUCAGCACAAUAUCUGCUGCAACCAACAAUUUUUCUCCAGAUAACAAACUUGGACAAGGAGGUUUCGGCUCAGUCUAUAAGGGUGAGCUACCUGAUCGUGAGAAGAUUGCUGUAAAGAGACUAUCAAACAAUUCAAGACAAGGGAUAGAAGAAUUUACAAAUGAAGUUAAAGUAAUUGCAAAGCUUCAGCACCGAAAUCUUGUGAAACUUGUAGGCUGUUGCAUUCAGGGAGGAGAACAAAUGCUAGUUUAUGAGUACAUGCCAAACAAGAGCUUGGAUUCAUUUCUUUUCAAUGAAACAAGAAAGUUGUUCUUGGAUUGGAGCAAAAGGUUUGACAUUAUUGUUGGUAUCGCUCGUGGAAUCCUAUAUCUUCACCAGGACUCAAGGUUGAGAAUCAUUCACAGGGACUUGAAAUGCAGCAACAUUCUAUUGGAUGCAGAGAUGAAUCCAAAAAUCUCAGAUUUUGGAAUUGCUAGAAUAUUCAAAAGCGAUCAAAUUCUGGACAACACAAAAAGAGUUGUGGGAACAUAUGGCUAUAUGUCACCUGAGUACGCAGUGUUUGGAAAAUUCUCGUUGAAAUCAGAUGUGUUUAGUUUUGGGGUCAUGUUACUGGAGAUUGUAAGUGGAAAGAAGAACAACGAAUUUAAUCCUCAAAAUCCUGCCCAGACCUUGAUUGGACUAGUGUGGGGGCUGUGGAAGGAAGACAGAGCAUUGGAGAUAGUCGAUUCAUCACUUCAGGUGCUGUAUCAUCCUCAAGAAGCUUUGAAAUGCAUUAAAAUCGGUCUUUUGUGUGUGCAAGAAGAUGCCAUUGAAAGACCAUCCAUGUUAGCAGUUGUUUUCAUGUUUAAUAGUAGCGAAACAACCAUUCCUUCUCCGAAACAGCCUGCUUUCACUUUCAGAGAACCUUGCAUUAGUCCUCACGUAGCAGUGUCUGGCUGUUUGAAUGUGACAAUGACUGACAUUGAAGGUCGUUAGUUAAAGAUGUGCACCUGCUUUUAUGACUUUG